AUGCCCGUGAACACAACGGAGACAAGACCGGGCCGGGGGGGAGGCGGCCUGGCUUCCAAGCUCUUCAACAACUUCGACAGCGACCGCAAGUAUGAUCCCUUCCUGGACACGGAUCCCGUCAUACAGGACAGCAAAGAGGGUAUGGAGGCGCUGCUCUCGAUGUGCAACGCGGUCGAGAUCAACAGCCUCUUCGGGGCCCUGGGAUUUGUCGUGCCAUGCCCGAGAAAUGCAAAGGAACAGCAGAUCAUGAACUACAUCCGAGAAGGCGGACGGCACGUGGGAAAAAGAUUUGCGAACGUGCUGAAGUUCUGUUGGGAGGGUCUGCUAUUCGAGUACCUCCGCACGGUUGGGUGUCCACUGCGUGACCGAGAGCACGACCCCCGGCACUUCGUGAUGCGGUACUGGCGGAGAAGUAUGCUGGACCCAAGUGUCCGGCCAGGCUUCGUUCCUUUCUACACCAAAAGAGAGGUUAAGCAGCGCAACAACCUCAUGCAGGAGGACAGAGACAUCCGAAACAUCCGGGCGGGGUUGGCACUCCGAGAGGAUGCCGUCAAAGAGGCCGAGAACAAGACACGGGAGCAGCACGACUAUCGGUUUGUCCUUCAGUAUUUUAGUGUCUCGAGAGACCUGCACCGCACUCUCGUUGCCAACGUGAAUUACCUCGCCAACGAAGUGGAACAGCUGCGGGCGAACAUCGACCACAGCAGCGAGAGCAUCUCCAUUAUGGAGCAGCAGUUCGUCGAACUGGAGACAAAGUACGAUCAGGUGGUCGGAGGCUUGGUCCACCGCGGGGCUUUUCAGCUGACGCUCGAAGGCACUCUAUACGGCAUGAUCAAGGAGGGCCACGUGGCCCUCAAAAGUGCAGCGGUAAUGGCUAGAGAGGUUCUAGACGGCAUGGACACCGGCCCCGAGAGGUUCGAUGGCGUCGACCCUGAGGUUGUCAAUGGCUGUAGCGCCAACGAUCCCAAUAGCCACGGUAACAACCCGCAUCCAACGCGGAGAGGCUUUGGAAGUGCCGUUGGUGGUUCCGAUCUUGGCCUGGCUGCGGCGAAUCAGGCGGAAGGGCGGAAGCGGCUCGAAGAAAGAAAAGCAGGAGAAUCGGGUUCGGACGAAGACCCUGAAGAGAACGGGAAACAAACAUGGGCAGCACCUCGGCCCCAAGGCGGCGGGUCUACACGUGUUGAUAGCGAAAGAACCGGGAGCAACAACUCACAGGAUUGGGGGCAGACCGUGUUGACCGAAAUGAAACUGGAAGAAGGCGACGAGGAGGGAGUGUCCCAGACAAGAACCGACAGAGGAGCGACUUGGGGACAUGGUCAUGAUGAUGGCAGUUGUCGGAGACGAAACCUUCUGAAUGUGCUAGGGUCCUGCUUAGGCAAGACACUGGAGACGCACCGGAAAGCUUGCACGAGAUACAGUAACCAAGUGGCCGAGCUAGAGGGGCAGAACACCGCGCUAACUGCUAGGGCGGCCGAGGCCUCUAAGCUAGCAGAAGAAGCGAUGACAGAGGCAAAGCUGUGGGAAAUGAAGCACUGUGCGCUGGAAGAGCGACUGGCUGAAGUGGAGGAGCGCUCGAGGCAAGAUCUUGCCUGCGCCGAGGAGCGCACCGACAAAGCAUGCUUAAGAACCGUGGAAGUGGUCGGAUUGCAAACGGAGAAGCUCGAGAGGGCGACGCCGACUCUUCUGGACAUGCUAACCGGAUUCGCAUCUCGGGAGACCGAGGAGCUGGGGGCGUACCUGCUCCAGAGCCUCGAUAUCAAGCCAGACCUUUACGCCCACAUCAUCGCCACGAAAAGGAUGUUUGAGGCUGAUUUGGAAUCUCGCGCCUUCGAGAUACUCGAAGCAGAGCGGAAGAUCACCCUGGCAGAGGCAGAAGCUGCAGCACUGGAGGACGCUGCCGCGGCUGCCGGCGGCGGCGGCAAAAAGAAAAAGGGGGAGAGAGGCCGCCCCAAAUCGAGAGGCAAGGGAGGGGGCGGGGCUGACAAGGGCAAGACUGGAGGGAGCAAAUCAAAAACGAAGAGCAAAUCACCAACAGGAAAGGGAGCGAAGAGGGGGGCUGAGAAAGGUAGCAGCAAGGCCGUCGGAGGCGGGGCAGGCAAGGACAAAAAGCCGGCUGGCAAAAGCAGCAGCAAGGGUGACGGAGGGCCGGGAAAAGAGACGGCUGAGGCGGCAAGCAAACCGUCCUUGGCGGACAAGAAACGGUCUUCCAGUCCGGCCAAGAGGGGGGCAGCUGGAAAGGGGAACAAACAGAAAAUGUAA